CCCAGGUCGCGUUUCAACACCCGCACCCACGUCCCUUUCUCUGCCGGUUCCAGCAGGCUGGCUGUGCAGGAAGACCGCGCAAUCAGCCUCCGUUUAGUCGUGGACUAACUGGCCAGUCGGGUCCGCCCACCCCUGGAAAUGACGCACCCAAUCCCGUGGACGACGCUACUGAGGGCGCUCACGAAGAGGAUGAGGCCAAGUCCAAGUCGAAAUGGAGGGGUACAGCCUUCAAAAUGUUUGAGGCCGCUGCGACUACCGGCGCAUCCAUCUUUAUCCUAGGGCUUGUCGGUUUCAGCUACACAAGGUACUACAAGUACAUGGUACUGGAAAAGAUGGAAAAUGCCUUCAGUCCCGGGGACCCCGUUCUCGAGCUCGCCGCCGCCGGCAAAGAGGUUCCGAAAGAGGAGAAAGCCUUUGGUGACAUACCCGGAACCACUGACGAGGGUGACUACGACCGAUGGAUUCCACGUGAGGAGCAGGACAGGAUCAACAACAUCGUCAGCGGAAAAGAGAAGGGUCGCUACCAUCUACUCAUUGGCGAAAAGGGGACCGGAAAGAGCUCCAUGCUGAUUGAAGCAAUGUCCAAGAUCAACGGCGAGGGAGUCGCCAUGAUGGAAGCCCACGCAGACCCAGAGAUCUUCCGCAUCCGCCUCGGCCGAUGUCUGGACUUUGAGUUCCACGAGGAUAACAUAGGAGCCCUGUUUUCCAUCCGUGGGCCCCGGGACGCGUCAGCUCUGCUGGACAUUGAACGAGCAUUCAACAAGCUAGAAAAAGUGGCUCUGAAGCGACGCACCAAGGUUGGCCGGCCGCUCAUCUUGAUCAUCAACCAGGCACAUCUGAUUAGGGAUGAUGAAGACGGUCGUGAUCUCAUCGAGCUCAUCCAGCAGCGCGCCGAGCAAUGGGCUGCAUCGAACCUUGCCACCGUCAUCGUCAAUUCCGACAAAUACUGGGUCUACGAAAGACUCAAGCAGCAUGCGACUCGGAUGGAGGUUACCCAAGUGUCGGACCUUCCCAAAGAUCGUGCCAUGCAAGCUUUGAAGAACUAUCGAAUGAAGUACUGGAGCGAGGCCACGCCGGAAGUGGUUCUAGAAGAUGUCUAUGACAGGAUAGGGGGCCGUCUGACUUUCCUGAACCGCGUCGCAAAAUCCCGGAAUAUGAUUAAGAAGUGUGAGGAGAUAUGCCAGAUGGAGAAGACGUGGUUUCUCAACAAUUGCGGCAUACUAGGCGAGGAGAUGGAUGACGACGUUAUGGACCAGCAGAAGUAUGCGUCCACGGCAAUGGUCCUUGCCCACGCCUUGUACAAAAAGUCCCUCGAAAUGGAACAGACAUACGACCCCCGUUUUGGCCACAUCCUCCCUGAAUUCCCUCUCCACCAAGCCCGCUACAUUAUGACACGAGCCGACUUCAUCCGCCAGCACCAUGACCUCUCCAUCUUCGCCAUUGAUUCGCACGCCAUGGUCCGUGCUGACAGCGUGCCCAUGCAGCGCGCUUUCAAUGAAAUCUGCUCCGAACCCGGCUUCGAGAAGUUCCUGGAAGCGACGCUGGAUCGUAUUGGCGAUAUUGAGUCUCUCGGCCGCACGAAGGAGGUUACGCUCAAGGAUCUUUGGGAGGGCGGAAAGUACAGGAUUACUACAAAGGACCGGAAGGGCAAUGUUGAUAAAGAGAUUGAGAUGGAGGCCGUCGGAAAGAAAGACGACGAUGGUGACGGUGAUGACAACUAGGCAGAUGGACGACAGGUAUGGCUACGACUUGGAGCGCGACUGGAUCGACAUGAGGGGUUGGAUCCAUGGAGACGAAAACGACAUUGCCGGUGCAAUUGUAUGACCGGGAUGAUGGAUUGUACAUUACUGUCAGUGUAGGGAUUGCAUUGACACGAGGGUAAGGUCGGCUUUUCCUGAUUGUUGGGGGGAGAUGCCCUUUGAACGUAGAGAUACCCUUCCUAUGAGCUUACUUUAUCACGCCGUUUCCUAUGUAUUCUGCUGUAUCACAUACUAUGUCUUUUCUUUGGCUUUUUCUUCCUGUCCAAUGUACAGCAGGGACCAUAGUCUAAGACGAUCCUGGCAGUUUGUUCAGCGAGCGAUGCGCGGACUUCAGUGCUUCGAGUGAGCAACCUGGGACGGCUAGCCAGAUAUAUCAAGCC